GGCCUUCAAGGUGUACUUAUCUUGGUAGGAUCUCAUCCAGCUGCUUGAGUUGUUUGGUACCAACCCAUUGAGCUACGGUACCUGUUCAGUUCCACAGAUGCGAGGCCAUCUUGCGUACUCUCGACAUCCAACAGUUGCUCGUAUCCCAAAGUUGCAUCGCGCCUUUUUGGCGAUCUUAGGCCUUGACCGUGUGACGGAAGUAUAAGGCGAUGCUCCCGGCAAAUUCUUGACUUGUUCUGGUGCUUCACUGAACCUCUUGUGUCGAACUUUCAUCCCCGAGCAUACCCACGCGACAUCUAUUAGGAUACAGUCGCUACGGGAUACUUUCCUGGGAUCUCAAGCGAUAACUACUACCGCAGUCUACGUCUGAUUUCAGCAUGAAUCCACCGACUCCCCAAAGCACUGGCGAUCGAAGCACGGUGUCAUCGAAACCAGGACGGUUACGAAACGCCUGCAACGCGUGUUGUGCCGCCAAGGUCAAGUGCUCAGGUGAGCGCAUGGGUUGCGCUAGAUGUCGUGCUACGGGCUCUAGCUGCCAGUACGUGGAGUCUAAGGCUGGAAAAGUCCCAGGAAUCAGAGCGAAGAAGAGACAUACACAGUCUCACGAUAGAGGGGACUUUCAAAGCACCAAACCAGGCAACACUCCUCCCCUUGAGCCUCACACGAGUAAGGCACCUGACGCAGCCAUGAGCUUCGCCGAAUCCAACCCAAACGAUAUUGAUUGGAGCAAUGGUUGGGAUAUCGAAGGCACGGAUAUGAACGACGAUAGCUACACUCACACAGCGUCUUCGAUAACUGUCUCACAGACUGGGCACAGCAGCGCAUCAGCUGGUCCAGAGAUGACACCACCAAGCACCGCGUACGAAGAGACAUAUGCAACGUCUCUUGCCGAUAGUAGCAUGGAAAAUUUCGAACUUUUCCUGGCGACUUCACAACCGUCCUUGCCCGAGGAGACGGCAGAUACUCUUCGCGUCGAAAUCCUGCCUAUAUGCCUAGGCCUUCGUCCCCGCAACGAAACCGAUAGCCAAUGCCUCCUGGAAUGCUGUCACAUGUUGAGCGACCUCGAAAAUGUCAUCGUAGAUGAAGUCAAGGGCUCCAAGAUAAUCCUCGGGAUGGUCAAGCAGGCCCUCGACCGCAUGGCCCAUUUCAUCGAGCUACAGCAAGACUCGAGGAAUCUACGUUGUCGCAUGCUUUUUGACACUUUGAUGUAUCAAGUGGUGGAACUACUCGAGACUUGCUUGUCAUCCGCCACUACAGACAAGGAACGGCUAGGAAGAGGGUUUUCGGCCAUGGGUUCAUUCUCUGGCCUAGGGUACGGGGACUACACCAUGGACGCAGAGGAGCAGUUGGCCUUUCGGACACAAGCCAUUCUUAAGGAGGUCAGGCACGCCACCCAGAUUUUAGAGGGCUUGAAACGUCUGGCAAGCCCCAGGCCGGCCGACGGUUGCAAUCUCAGCCAGACGUUCUCUCUGCAUGAUUGCCAUCGUGACCUACACCUUCGCUUCGAUGAUAUGACUACCCGAUGGUCAAGUAAGCAAUAGGCAAGACAGAUUCUAUGUGUCUCUACCUAUCCAAGUCUAAACAAGCAGCACUUGCGGCGGCGUUAGAGCCAGGCUGCAGCCUUUUGCUGCGUCCAGGGGACUAGACGUCUGCCGUAGGGUCAUAGGUAUUAACAUAUUGAAAAAAGUGUUUUUAAUAAAAUUUAAUAUAUUUCAGAGGCUGCAAAUGUCAAAACUUGGAGUGCCCUGUCGUCACCCACGCGUCCAAUCAUCUCAGGAUCCUAGCAGACCUCAUGCUUUAGGUUAUUUCUAUCGCCCC